AUUUUCUCUAAAUCUCGCUUAGCCAAUAAUGUAGAGGGAACUGUUGUGCACAUCUCAGCUGGCAGGCAUUUAAAAGGGAGACAGUCCGGCGCUGGAGCAAUUUGUAUUAAACCCCCUGGCCCCUGUCUAUGGAGCGCUUUUCUCCCACCCAUCAGCAGUCCCGCCAGCGUACAGUCGACAGCAGUAGGUGCUGAUCACCUCGGAGGGUGCCAAAGAGGACUGACACGAUCAGAUCGGAUCAUCGCACUUGAGGCAGUGGUGGUUCGCAGGAUGGCGAGCUCGACGCGUAUCCUCUGCGGUAUGGUUUUCAUCAUCGGGUUGCUUUCCUCUCCCGUGGAUUCCAAAAGAAACCAAGGUUCACAAGGCGCCAUCCCUCAUCCUGACAAAAACAACCCAAACGAAUCGGAGCAGCAACCGCAGCCUCCACAGGCAGGCUCCGGGUCCCGGCAGAGGCAGGGCUCAUCCUCACCGGCCGACGAGGUGUUGGAGUCCAGCCAAGAAGCUUUGCAUGUGACGGAGCGCCAGUAUUUGAAACGGGACUGGUGCAAGACGCAACCCCUCAAGCAGACCAUCCACGAGGAGGGCUGCGUCAGCCGCACCAUCAUCAACCGCUUCUGUUACGGACAGUGCAACUCGUUCUACAUCCCCCGGCACAUCCGCAGGGAGGAGGGAGCCUUCCAGUCUUGCUCGUUCUGUAAGCCAAAGCGUUUCACCACCAUGACUUUUACAUUGAACUGUCCGGACCAGCAGCCUCCCACCAAGAAGAAACGCAUCCAGCGCGUCAAACAGUGCCGCUGUAUAUCCAUAGACCUUGACUAGAGACGCACAGAAAUGUGAUGCGUGUGUUUCAAAUCGUGCGCACUUCAUGGACCGGAUCGUGGUAGAAAAAAGAAAGGCUGUCAUACAGCCAAGAGCACGUGCCCGUCUCCAUAGGAGGACGCAUCUAUUAGCGCAUCUAUAGGCUGUAAGGAUUCUCCUCUUGCACAAUGUGUAAACAACUAGGGACAUAACACUUCUGAAUCGAUGUUGAACUGCAACGAACAUUUUUCUCCUCACCACUUUGCAAAGUUUGAAAACAAGCAUCAUUGCACGUGAACGCUGACUUGGAAUGGGCACGUUUUACGCACGGCUUCCUCACCCCAAGAGGAGUGCAUAACCCGUCCCGGGUUAUUUCAUAAAUACUGUUCAGAACGCCUAAUGUAACAGGAACUCAUUGCUGUCCUUGGUUGUAUUUUUGUGUGUAUAUUUCUUAGUCUAACUGAAGGUUUCCACUGUGUGGAAUUUUAAGACGACAGGCGUUAUUUGAAAAUAGUAAAUUUGAUUUUAUUUCCAUAUUACAGAAAUCGUUUGAGGUUAAUUCAUUUCCUCUGAUUUCAAAAGUGUUUUCGUAAGAUUUGUUUGAGGCUUCUUGUUUGUAGUUAGAAUGAAGAAUGUACAGUGAUGGUUUUUACAGUGUUGACAUUAAAUAGAUGUAAAAUGUACAGCCAACGUUGAUGUAACCGGUCUGAUUUUCCCUUUCAUUAAAUUAUCCUUAGAGACAUAAAAUAAACGGAUGUUGGAAUAUUGGA